GCCUGGCCGUGCGGGCCCUCCCCGCGCUCUGGCCUCGACCGUCAGAACCCACCCGCGGCCCGGGCGGAGCCUGUCCGCGCUGCCGGCCCCGGCGCCAUGGCUCAGAGCGGGGCCCCUGGGCUGCAGGAGGAGAACCUUCAGGGCUCCUGGGUAGAACUGCACUUCAGCAGCAGUGGGAACGGCAGCAGCGCUCCAGCCUCCGCUUCUAUUUAUAACGGUGACAUGGAAAAAAUACUGCUGGACGCCCAGCAUGAGUCCGGACGGAGCAGCUCCAAGAGCUCUCACUGUGACAGCCCGCCUCGCUCGCAGACGCCGCAGGAUACUACCAGAGCCUCUGAGACGGACACGCACAGCAUCGGGGAGAAGAACAGCUCCCAGUCCGAGGAGGAUUUUAUUGAGAGAAGGAAAGAAGUGGAAAGCAUCUUAAAGAAGAACUCAGACUGGAUAUGGGACUGGUCGAGUCGGCCGGAGAACGUCCCCCCGAAGCAGUUCCUCUUCAAGCACCCGAGGCGCGCGGCCGCGCUGAGCAUGCGCAACACGAGCGUCAUGAGGAAGGGGGGCGUCUUCUCCGCGGACUUCCUCAAGGUCUUCCUCCCGUCCCUGCUGCUCUCCCACCUGCUGGCCAUCGGGCUGGGCAUCUACAUUGGACGGCGUCUGACCACCUCCACCAGCACCUUCUGAGGACAGCGUGGACGUGGACGUGGACGUGGACCUCGCUCACCUCGGGGUCGGUGCUGGCCGCGCUGUUCCCUGAGUGCGAGAACAGACGCGGGCCGUGCGGGAACCAAUCAGUGCGCAGGUCAGACUGAGGAGCACCCACCGCACCAAUCGGGUUGCAAGUUUUCUUAGGAUAUUAGGUAGAAAUAUCUAGUAGAUAAUUUUAAUACUCCAGCCAUGAUGUGCUAUAGUAUUUGAAAAGUGUAGCUGAAACAUGAAUCCGGUUAACACUAAAUUCAGACGAAUGAGUAAUGUUGAUGUGAAAAUCACCACAUGAAGUGGUUUGUCUAAAAUACUAUCGUGGCCUUACAUUCACACUGUUGUAGAAAAUGUGCUUCAUUUAGACUGAUGAGGUUGUCUACUGAAGACCUCUUAACUAUGCUCAUUGUUGCUAAGUAAUGCUUAGACACAGGGUGGGGGCAGGUGCAGCCCCACCUCGUGGUCCGCGGCCGGGCGCCCUCGCUUCUCCUGCCCUGCUUUGUGCUCGACCCCGGUGUACUUGUAAAGCUGUGUUAAGCAAAUCUGUCUACUUUUAAGAGACUGGAAAUAGAAAAAAAUAAUAAAUCUUUGCCAAACCCU